AUGUAUGACAGACUCUAUCUAAUUGUAGUCAGAGCUAAAAUACCCAUUGCCAAGAGGUUCCAAGAGUUGAAAGGUAUUCCACAGAUAGGCCUUGAGGUUCAAGCUCGGCAUAGACUCUUUCACCCGAAGUCUUUGACUUAUCGAGACACUGUACUAAUUGCCAAUUAUUAUCCUCAAAGUCACUUCCUAGGUAUGCUACAAAAGACUAUUCCUUCACUAACUGUAAAAACACCAAUGUGCGAAAACGCUGUGAGCCGAGGAAAGCUUCGAGCUGCUAUAAAAAGAAAGUUUUUCGAAGAAUAUUCAAAGAGAAAAUCGAUAUUAGAAAACGAAGAGAAAAUUAGUUCAAAUUACUUAGAUGGUUAUUAUCACAUAAAAGUGCUAAGUGAGAAUGUAAAAAUAGCUAAUAUCUCAACUUGUCUUGAGGAAACUUUUGCGAAAGUAACCAACCUCUAUCAACGAGAGAUGAUAGAGCUUCAUCAAAAUGAAGAGUUAGCUAAAAAUACCGGUAUUAAUAGAAAGAUAUCAUGGGUAGAUUUUGUAAAUUAUAAAGUUCCUAUAUCUGAGUUUAAUUUUGCUUUUAAACACUCUCAUUCCCCCUUCAAAUUAUUCAAAAUAUUCCCUAGUAAGAAAAAUGACAGAAUAUCUAUGAAAGGGCACAAAAAAGAAAAUGAAAAGCAUUUAACCAAAGAACAGAAAAAGGUUUAUGAGAAGAAGAAUUUAAAUGGGCUUGAUAAUACGAAGGAGGAACUUGCAAGCAAAGAACAGGUAGAAUACAAAAAAGGAAUAAAAUCACCCAAAAUAAAAAGCGUGAAGAAAAAAUCUUUGAAAAAAGUAGUUUCUAACUAG